GGACUGUCAGAAGAGCUGAGAAUGAGAUGGACUUAGCAUAAAGGACACAAAGUUCUGGGUGAUGAUGAGUUAGAGUUUUAACUUAGAAGAACACAGUGUUUGCCUCAGAGGAUGGAUGUGAGUGAGAAUAACAUUUGUGACACAGGGGGGAAGAAUUCAAAUUAUCCCAGAAAGGCCACAGAGCAGGUGGGCCACAGCUGUAGGCCACAGAAGGAGGUGGACAUGAAUUACUCCUGCAGUCCUCCUGGAAACUCUGCUGGACCUGCAGGAAAGCAGGAGCUUUCCUGUGGAGACAAAGAAACCUGUGCCACCUACUGCCAGAAACAAGGUGAGAGCCCAGCUGGGGAGUUCCCCCCCUCCAGCUCCAGCUUCCACCUGCAGAGAGAGGAUGAGGAUUUAGAUCACUGUUCCUCUGAGCACCCCAGGAAACCACGGAUGAUAACAAAACUCCGCGAGGACAACGGAAGCGCCGCUCUGGGAGAUGCGCUUGGUGAGGAGCUGGAGCCCGUCCCCGAGGAAGCUCUUCCCUAUCGAUGCAAGAAGUGUGGCUCCUCUUUCCACAGCAUGAGCGAGCUGCAGGAGCACAGGCGAGCUCACCUGCUGGAGAACUCCUACCGCUGUCCCAUCUGCGCCAAAGGCUUCUCCCGCGCCGCCAACCUGCGCAUGCACAAGCUGAUCCACUCCAGCGAGAGGCCGCACAAGUGCCCCGAGUGUGACAAGGGCUUCAUCCGCACGGCCGACGUCUGGAGGCACCUGCGCAACGUGCACAAGAUCGAGCGCUCCAUGGUGAUCCUGGCCAGCGGCAUGGCCAGGAACCCCUGGUCUGUGGUGCACCACAGCCAGCAGCACAAUGCUGAGUGCCCGGCUUGUCCUGCAAACCCAAAGUCUCAGGAGGAUGACUUCAAACCUUACGCGUGCCCGACGUGCGGUAAAGGCUUCGAUAAGCCCAACCUGCUGUCCAAGCACAAGGUGAUCCACCGGGAGGACAAGCCCUACAAGUGUCAAGAGUGUGGCAUGGCGUUUGUGCAGCUGCUCAGGCUCAAGAGGCACCAGCAGACUCACUCCGGGGCACGGCCCUUCUACUGCGAGGAGUGUGGAGGGACCUUCACCCGGCUGGCAUCGCUGCAGCGCCAUCACCGCAUCCACACCGGAGAGAAACCCUACUCCUGUAAUUUCUGUGGGCAUUCCUUCACCGAGUCAGGGACUCUACGGAGGCACGAGCGCACACACAAGUUGGACAAACCUUAAUUUGGGGUCUCUGUGGUUGCUUUGUACCUGAAAGAGGUCUGCUCAGCUGGGCUGGAAAAGCACCCCAUGGUGCGUGCUCUGCGCAGUCCAGACCCACUGCCCAGCAUUGCUGCAUCACAGGGAGCUCUGGAACUUGAUUGCACUGCUGAGCUUUAAACUGCUUUGUAUGAGAAAAUAAUCUAAUUACCCCUGAGUAAUGAAAUGGGAGACUUGAGGAGACUGAAACCACUCGCAUGUGCUUGCUCUGUCUCUGCUUGCUGGACUGGUGAUGCAUCCGCUCGAGCUUUGUGCAGGAUCUGCAAGCAGAGGCUGGGAGAAUUCACUGCAUAAAUUGGCCUUGCCCUCAUGAGUGUGAUGGCUCUUGGACACUGGCUUUGGAGAUCUGUUAAGUCACUAAGUUAGAACACUCCAGGGUUGUCCCUCUGUCCCUUCUUGUAUUUUGCUGAGUUUUUCUUUCUGUUACUCUUCUUUUUAUUUGGAAGGGAAAGUAUCGUGUUGGUUAUUAAAAAAAAAACAAACUCAACUUACAAACCAGUUCCUUAAUAAACACAACAGUUACCAGCUGUAUUUCAGAAUGUUUCUAUACUUUAUGCACUUUUGAGUCAUGGGUUAAUAAUGGGGAAAGCUUUAUUUUGGCUAUGGUGGUGCAUGGUCUUGAGGUGACACUUGUGUGUCUGAUGGAGCCAUGCACACUAAAGCUGACCAGCUGAGUAUUGUGGAAGGAAAUGUUUGAGGAAAAGAGCAAAAGACCAAAUUGAAGCCACUUUUGCUCCUCAUUGCACAGGAACCUUCUUCAUUUAAAUAUUUUCACACAUAGGGAAGCUUCCUAUAACAAAAGCAAGGUCUGUGGUGUGUCCAAGUACUGCCCAACGUGUCUGUUAGACUCUUCACUUUGAUUUAAAUUCAAAUGGUUAGUGAAGAAAAAUUUCCUUAGGACUUAGCCUGGCAGACUUGGGCAGGUGUUGACAAAUCCUCCAAGGCUGUAACUGCUGUAACUGUAAUGCCUCAGUGUCAGCAAUGGGGCUUUAACUUUGAAACUUAAUAAUGACUUUACAUCUUCUCUUAACCACUGUGGUAGAAGUAUCCAGUUUGUCCUGAAGUUGCAGCCUGAAUUUCUUUUCCACGUCAGAAGGUUUUGCUUCUUUGCUUCCUUUUUCCUUACCAGCUGCCAUAUUUCAUUAAUUUUUUUCUAGGGCUUUCUGCCUUUUCAGUGGAAGGUUGUGCAGCAGAAUGAAGGUAAAGCUCCAAGGUAAUGUACUUUUGCAUUUAU